AAGCAUCAAAAAUUUAAAAUGCAAACACUCACACAAGAUAACAGUUUAUUGAACUUGGUUCUCAAACUUUGAGGUUUUGGGUCUCGGUUUACCCCACGGAGUCCAUCCUAUAUAUAUAGCAACCAAUCGUACAGGAUUAGACAAGCUGUAGGUUUUUGCGUAAGUAAGGUUAACUGUAUGUUUAUAUGCUCCAGCAGGAAUCGCCUUUUUAGUUACUGUGCUUGCAAAAAUAGUUCUUAAACGAUGUUACGAUACACGGGUAUCAUUUUAUUUUUGACAUGCAUUGUAUGCGUUAAGGCGCAUUCAAAUGCAAUAGCAAACGCAGUUGUUACAAUAAUCCAGCAACUCGAGCAGGAAAUCAAAUAUGAGACAGGUUCUAAAGAUACCGGCAUAAUUCAACGUCAUGAACAUGUCGUCCCAAUCAGGCCAACCCCGUUCCGCCCAAAAAGAAUGAAAAUUGACUACACCUAUUCCGAGACUCAUCCAACAGUCAGAAUAAACAGUGGACUAGUCAAUGGCGCCUCGCAUCCAGAAUCUCAAGCUUUCUACAGCAUUCCAUACGCCAAUCCUCCCAUAGGACCACUCAGGUUUAUGCCACCGCAACCAGUGGACGCUUUCACUAAAGCACUCAAUGCAUCAGUGCCUGAUUAUCGGAUGUGCUACCAGAUGGAACAUUGCGAUGACGACGGUUUUUGUGACGGUGUGUUGAUGACAGAGGAUUGCCUUGUACUCAACGUAAACGUGCCAACAUCUCUUGAUCUUUCCGAUCCCGAACAAGAACCGACUAAAAAGCUCCCAGUAAUGGUAUACAUUCACGGUGGAUUCUUUUUCUCUGGAAGCGGAACCGACUCUGAAAUUGACGGCCGUUGGAUCAGCCAAGCUGCCAACGCCGUUGUAGUUACUAUUAACUACAGAUUGGGUCCGUUUGGAUUUCUUCUUUUUAAAGAAAAUGGAAAUCUUAUUGAAGCGAAUCAAGGAUUUAAAGAUCAGCAACUAGCACUGCAAUGGGUGCAGGACAACAUCGGGAAGUUCGGUGGAGAUAAGGACAACGUGAUGAUUUUUGGAGAAAGUGCCGGUGCACAGUCAGUUCAUUAUCAUCUCAUUUCAGCCAAAAGCAGCAACUUGUUUAAACGAGCACUUACAGAAAGCAACCCUGCAGCAAUGGCUUUCAAUACAGUAGAUCAAGCCCUUGGUGUAACCGAGAGAGUUCUACAAGCCAUUAAGUGUGCUGCUGGUGAUAUUACUUGUCUCAGAUCAAUAGACCCUAUGGUGCUUGCAACAUGCACCCCUAAGGUAAUGGUUCGAAGUCUUCUACAAAGAGAAUUGUUUAACGGCAUCGAACCAUUCCGGCCUUACAUUGAUGGGGUUGAUUUUUCCGACCAACAUAUGAAGCUGUUUCAAGAGGGUAAAUGGAACACUGAUAAAGAAAUCAUUUUCGGGACCAAUAAUGAGGAAAUGAUAUAUGCGAGUGCUCUUUUUCAUGGCGUUGGGUUGACUUUGAGUAAACUAUUAUUUCAGGCCUUUAAUAAUGCUAUUCUUGGACCCACAAACGGAGAAAUAGUUUCAAACGCGUACAUCGCACUAGCAGGCACGAGACCUGGGCUUGACUAUGACUAUAGCGACAUCUUGAGUCAGGAACUGACUGAUCUUGUUUUUGCUUGCCCAAACAGGGCGCUCGGAAGAUUUGCGUCCGUUUCGUCAACUGCUGCAAAAGUUUCCGGCCAAGCUCCGUUAUAUCUGUACAACAGCGCAUAUCCUUUCGGAGGGGAAGCAUGUAUUGAAUGGAACAGCGUAGACGGCGUGUGUGGAUACGCGUUUCACUCGUCGGAAAUUAUUUUUGUUUUUAAGUCACCUGAAGGAUAUGGCGUAACUUUCACGGACAAUGAUGAUUUGGCUUCGGAUAUAUUCUCUACAUACUGGAGCCGAUUCGCAGUCGAUGGAAACCCAAACAGCAAUUUGAGACCCCAACUUGCUGAAGUCGACUAUUGGCCGCCAUAUUCUUCGGAAAAUAAUUGGAACAACAUUCUCAUCGAUAUUCCCAAAUCAGUGGUGCAAACAGACUACAGAGAACAGUUUUGCGACAUGUUAGAUGCAACUGGCUUCUACAUUAACCUCACAGGCCCAUAUCAACCCCGCUCAGUUUUGUCACAGCCCGUUCUAAGUCAAAAAUUCCAAAGGAAAAUUUCCUUACAAGAUCAUGGUUUACCUGAACCAUAUAACGGAGCAGGUUCUGCCAUUUAUCCAAGCUUUUUUCGUGUUUUGAUUCUACCACUCAUUUACUUUGCAUCCCAAUUUUGCGCUUAUUAGAUGUGUAAUUUAUUAUCAAAUAAAAUAAUAAUCAGUUGUAAUUUUAUACUGUAUGUUUAAAAAGGAAGUUUUGAUUUUUUAUAUAUACGUUUUAAAAUGACAUCAUUAAUUAAUUCGUUCUAAGUACGACGUACCACCUAUCAUGGCCUAAUCUAGAUAUAUAGUAGGGUGGGGGAAGACGGGACAUCUUUAGCACACAUUAUCCAAACAUCCCUUGUUUUGAACAAUCACCAACGGUCUAUAAAAGUGGUGAGGAUACAGUUUUAGAAUUCUUUUAAUGUUCUUUGUUUACUACUAAAUGGGACGAGAAAAUAGAACGAAGUGUGUCCUAUCUUCCGCCACCCUACUAUAUUUUUAGUAUAGGCGAUGGACCUAUAUAUUGACGUGAACAAAAUUUCCGAUAUUUCGUUCCGCAUGAUUCAAAAUGCACUGUCAUUAUGAGGGACAUUAAAUUUAUUAUCAAACUAAUUAUACAUUGAUUAUCAGUAGCACGAUAUCGAAAAGUAUAGGGUGAACCUAUUGUGCAAAUAAACGACGAUGUUUAAA